GAAAUUAAAAGAAUGGCUGACGCUGGUAUGUGUUCUACUAUAGAAGAUGAGAAUGAGGACGUGCGUGUUCUGAAAUGGGAGGACAUGUUGAAGAAGAGUAGAACAGGAACCGUUACAGAAUUUAUCCCUGAUCAAUGUGGUAAGGAAGCUGAGCUCUUGGCCACUAAGCAUUUAUUGGCAGAAUGUCAGCAGUCUUUGGAGGAAUCCGAGCAGACAUUAGAGGAAACAAUUAAGGAAAAAGAGGUCAUUGAGCAGACCCUGAACCAGACACAAAAAAAGCUAAACUCUACGGAACUACAGCUGGAAAAUGUAUCUACAAACUUGAACAGAACAGCUGACAAUCUUCAAACGGCCCUGAAACAGUUGGAGCAAUGCAACCAGACCAGUCAAAGUUGGGAUUGGGAUCUUUUCUCCCAGGACACCUACGUGAACACGACGAUCUCUUCAGAAGUUGCUGAGCAGCUUCGUUCUAGCUGGGACAACAUAGCUGAGAUGAUGAUCGGGUUCACGAUAACCGACCAGUUCAUCACGUUUCUAAAGCACAUUGACACUGAUGAGUGUUCAGAGGAAAGACCGUGGACAAUGCUACAUACCAAGCGGUACCUAAACAAGGUGUUCACAAGAGAAGAUGCUAACUCACUCAUCACCAUGUGGGACGGAAUUAGCGGGAGUCUUGUCGGUGUUACGAUGACGAGGGAAACGGUGGAACUCUUGAAGUACAUCACCAAAAAUUGCACUGACUAAGCUUGCAACCUGCACUACUCACCAAGUCAAGGACUUGACUUCACAAUAAGAAGGGCGAUUAUUUCUUUUAGGCAUGAACAAUGACAUUUCCAAUUCUUCAUUCUUGACAUUUUCUGAUUUAAAAUGGUUCGUCAGUCAAUUAUUCCCAUCUGUGCAAGCAUGUUUUACUAUUAAAGAGCAUAAAGUGGUUAACUUGGCUACAGCAUGAUACUCAUACAAUAGUUUUGUUUACGUUAAGCGAAGUUGAUUUGAUUAAUCAUUAAUCUAUUAAUCGUUAGCAGCUCAAUAACUUUUAAUUCUUUUGCUUGACUAGAACAUUUUCUGGAUGUAAAAAACAUUUGAUUUUAAUAAUGUUUCUACAAUUUAUGUAAAUAUUUAGUUGUGUUCUCAAAC